CGGAAGACAAACUGAUGGGUGCUGCUCGAUCGGGUGAUAUUGGUACUUUGUAUCAACUAAUCGGAGAGGACGAAGGUGUCUUGAGGCGGAUCAAGAAGAGGGAGUUUAUGGAUACUCCACUACACAUCGCUUCAGCUGCAGGCAAAACUGAUUUCGCCAUGGAAAUGAUGUACUUACAGCCAUCAUUCGCUACGAAGCUGAACAAAGAUGGGUUGAGCCCUUUACACCUUGCCUUCCAAAACGGCCACACACGAUUGGCGCUUUCACUGCUGAAAAUCAACAAAAGUCUCGUCAGUGUCAAAGGGAAGAUGGGUUAUACUCCUUUGCAUUACCUAGUCAUGAAAGAAACCGAUGGUCGUCUUUUGACUACGUUUCUUAAUGAUUACCCUCGCUGUAUCCAAGAUGUGACAAGUCGAGAUGAAACUGCCCUACACGUAGCAGCCCACCACAACCCAAGAGCCCUUAAAGUUCUACUGCGCUGGCUUACGAAAACCUCUAAAUGUAGCAAGUGGCAGAAACAAGGAAUCCUUAACUUCAAGAACAGGGAUAAGGAAACUGUGUUGCACGUAGCUGUGUCGAACGACCAACCAGAGCCAGAGUUUCUGCAAUACAUUUUACAUUUUUACAUUUUUGUUCUUUUGAUGCAGAUUAUCAGGCUAUUAACAGAUCUUCGGAUCGACACUAAAGUUAAGAAUUCGAAGAGUUCAACAGCUUUGGAUAUCUUGAAUGGCCGAACUCAGGAAGACAGUAUCAAUAUCGAGAAGUGUGUGGACAUUUUACACCAUCCUUAUGGUCUGAAGGCAUCGGCUCGCAAAAUACGAUGGGUUCUUCGUGAGCUGCUUAGUCAAUUGGCAUAUGAAAUCACACAUAUGUCAGUUGAAAGGGGCAGCGCUUUGCUAGUAGUAACAGUACUGAUUCUUACAGCCACUUAUCAAUCCGCCCUAAGCCCCCCUGGUGGUGUUCUUCCGGCCAGUGCUGAAUCCAACGACCAAAAAUUUUCGGGAUUGCAAGUUUACCUAGGUUCCAAAAACACCAGUCAUCAUAUAGUGGAAAAAAUCGAAUUCAAAGGAAAUAACACUGCGGGAUCAUCAGUACUGACGACGCAAAAUUUUCUUUGGUUCUUUAUUCCAAACAUGGUGGCUUUCUCUACUUCUUUCCUCAUAACUUGUUUCGUUCUACUGACUAUCGUUAGUGGUUUCUUCUCGUUCGUUCUCGCGCUAUCCCUGUUGACGUUACUCUUUUGCUUUCUGGAUUCUUCACUGAUUAUCGUAUCACCAAAUAAUCAGUCCAGCAGAAUUCUUCUCCGUUGUGUCUAUUUCCUCGCCUAUGCCAGCUGCCUUGGAAUUGUCCCAAUAGUAAUUCCCAAAUUGAGGAGAUUUUUUCGUCAAGAGUAA